AUGCCUACAAUGCUUGAGCUCCCGAUCACCAUCAGGUCUCUGGAACCAGACACGCAAUUCGUGAACCCGGCAGCUACAGUCUGGCCGAAUGCUUCCCAUCUCACACGCAAUAACGACGGUCUUCUCCCCGCAGCCUUGGAAAAAAAACAAGGCAGCAAAACGGCUGUGAAUCUCCCAUCAAAUCCUGAAUCAGAGCCAUCUGUGGAACCCAACAAGCAGCGGCGCGGUUCAAAGAUUCAGGUACCCCAAGACGUCACCCCAGAGAGGGCCCGGUAUCUGGAACGUAAUCGCGUUGCUGCAAACAGAAGCCGCCUGAAGAAGAAGCAACAGCACGAGCAAAUCCAACAUAUUUUAUGCAAAGAGACGAAAAAGCGGGAAACACUCUUAGCCGAGGUCAACAAAUUAAGAGAGGAAAUCUGGCGGCUUAAAAACGGAGUUUUUGCGCACGCAAGAUGCGGCGAUCAUCAAAUCAACCUGCAGCUCGCAAAAAUGACGCAGAACAUACUGGGGUCGAGCUUGUUGCGCCCUUCUGGUUUCGAUAGGCCAGAAAAGGCGAGUUCAGACCUGCCUAUCGCCUCUCCAGCCUUCUUUGUACGCGACACAGUGACUUGCGCUGAACUCUUUGACUGUCGCAUUGAUCUACCUGACAUGUAA